CAGGAAGCAAUGAGACAUAUGCAUGGCAGGAGGAAGCGCUGGUGUGUCAGUAUCAGAGCAGCUCACCGCAUCUUCCUGAGGCUCCACAUACAGCUCAUCACCGAUCCUGGACAGGGAGUGGAUGGCUUUGGCCAGCACUGGACGUGUGUAAGAUGUGAGGAACGCACCAUCUCUCCUCCCGUCACUGUGAUAUAAACGGCUGUUGGAGAAGAGGUGUGGACUAAACCUUCCUGUACUGAACCUACGGACAUUUGAUGAAAGAGAGAGGCUUUGAAAAGACACAAGAGGACACAAAAGUCAGGAAUGGGUUUCGAGGCCUUUGGGCCAAAACUUCUGAGGAUUAUGGAGGAGUGGAAGCACCGUGACAGCGAAACAUCUCUGAGAAGAAACAGUGUACGUGGAGAAAAAUAAUUUCUAUCCAAGCUGAGGAAUUUAAAUGUGACGAAAUGGACCUGUCUUGAUAUUUGCUGUGCGAGGAUAAUAGAGAAAGAUUGGAACAUGAAGAAAGAGGGAAAAAAACAUCACAGGAGUCUCAACAACAAAAGCUGGACAAAGGGCUGAUUUUUACACAAAUAUAUUUUCUCUUGUGGUCUCCAGUCUCUGUUAAAAGCACCACAUUACAUAAGACUGUGGAAUCCAUCCCUCUUUAGCAUUUGCACGUACUCAUUGUUGACAUGUCUUUCUGUGGCUUCUGGAUUUGACACUCAAACACUCGCAGUUUUGUUCCUAGAUGUCUCAGUCACAUACUCCAACAGACACUCAGGGCUUGCUGCAGUCCAUGCUGCAGAGGCUGAAGCUCCAGCCGGGAAGAGAGGGCCAGCCACUCCUGCACACACCUGUACCCGCCACGGCUGCUUCCACAUGGAGGCAAGAUGGAGAGAGAGGAGCCUCCACCUUCCAGAAAGUAAACAACAGUCAUGUAAAUGGCUUUGAGUUUGGUACCAAUGGUGUCCCCUCUAAAGGGUUUGGGAUCUCUGCUGCGGAUGGUAAUGUUGGCUUCAAAGGUGGAGAAAUACAGCGACCAGGUCAUGGCCUUGGAAUGGACAGGGGUCUCACUUCCCUCCCCACCCAGAAAGACAACACUGAUAAUGGCACGGGUGAGAACAGAGUGUUGGGACAGGCCACAUCGCCUGGGAUCACCCCAACAGGAACGGGGCAGCUGUUUCCGUCUCAAUCAGUUAAGGAUGCUGAUAUCACUUCCUUAGAUAGGACUGAUGGAGAAAGGGUGAGUUUUGGAAGUUCUUCAACAACAAGACACACUCCUGGUAAUAAUGAUGUCGUCAUAAGCUCAGGACAGAAUCAGGUCCAGGAUCAGGGCUUUAAACCCAAAGUCUAUGCGUGGUCCUUGAAGGCCACAGACGCACAUCUUGACACUGGAAAUCAAGAGAUCGAAGCACCGCAUGUGGGAAAUGGAGGAUUCGGAGCUUUGGGGCAAAGCAAAGACAUGCAGUUUGUCGCAAGUGGCCAAACAACAGCAAACAGCAGCUUUAGAAGAAAGCGAUCAUCUGAGAAUAAAACCAGGAGGUGGACGCAGAAGAUUAAGGAGAAAUGGUUGGACAGGUCGGGGAGUCUUAGUAAAAAGGGAAAAGAAGAAGGUGGGAGAGUAGACAGGAAGAGUGAGCAAGGAACUGAGAUUUCACCUCAAAAGCAGCUACUGACGACAGAAAAUCUCAUCAAUACGUCAAUUAAGGAGGAAGAAAGACCCCUCGUUUCAUUAGACAGCAGUGAUCCCAGUGAAACCCCUCACACACACACAGAGGACAGCACUGCUGAGGCCCGCCUCAGGUCUUCCAGUGACUUUGACUUCGGCCUGGGCUCAUUCAGCCUCCUGGAUGAGAUUGUCACAGGUCAAGAGUGGGCCAAGUUCCUCAACCCCAGCCUGCCAGCUGCCUUGGUCAAUCAGAGACCACCAGCGGAGCCACUGAGCCAAUUCAAAACUGCACCAAAUCCUUAUGACAGUGGUCAGUCGUCUUUGAACCUACAAGGAGGUGGAAACAACAUGUGGCACUUAACGGACACACCGUCAUCACCGGAUUUAGAUUUCAGUAUGGCACAAAUAUCACCUGAUGCUUUCCAAACUGUCAGCAUGGACAUUUCAGAGGGAAAGCAACAGCAAAAUGUUCAAUCAGAACCAAUGGAAGACAGUCAUAACCAAUCAGAUCACCAGUCUAUAGAGAGAGGACGGGGGCAGCAACGUAGACCUCUGUCCUUCGUAGAGCCUGCAGAUUCUCUGGACAACUCAUCGCUGAGGAGAGGCCUCCUCAACAGAAAGAGACACCAUCAGUCGGCUGAGAGCAGAGACGAGAGGCCUCAAUCUGAGAAAAUGAGUGAUGGAAAAGAGGCAGGCAGAGGGGCGCUUGUAUCUCCACCGAGCAUGACCAGCAGCCAUGUGAUGGAUGAAACAGGAGAGUCACAACAUGAUAUCGUCAUGCCUCUGUACCCCCCGAACUCUCCUACUACCCCUGUCUCGCCAUCCUCCUUUAACCCUUUUGCUUCUGCACCUCGGGGCGUCCUCAAACACUCGAUAUCCCAGGAUUCUGAGUCCACUAUGGAAACAGUGACAAAAAGGAGGCGAGUUGAGGAGAACCGCCGGGUUCGUUUUUCAGAGCAGGUGAUGACCAUAGCCCCUCCGGAGCUGGAACUGGAUGCCGCAGACUCAGAGGAGGAUUCAGGAGCAGAGGAGGACUCAGUGACGGAGCAGGAGUGUGAGGUGGAGCAGGUGGUGACGGGGGAGGUGGCACCGGCACGUCGGGCCGCCCUCCCCGCCUGGAUACAGGCUCUGAAGAGGAGGAACAUGGGGAGGAAGAACAGAUAGUGACUGUGACAGCACAAGAAAUGAGCAUUUGGUCUCACACUCUUGUCUCUCUUGAAAUAAAUGGAAAAAAAUAAAGCAAGCUGAGUUUGUCUCAAAAGCAAAAAGAAAGUCAAACCAGACCAACAGUAUCACAGUAUUUCUAAAAGCCAUGAAACAUAUAUUACAUGAGAACCUUAUUUUGUUUGUUUGUUCACUUGUUUUGUAAAAGAGAUGGUUUUUGGACUAAAGACUAAAUGCUAUGUUGAGAUGAAUAAAUUUUGCAGUUCAUACAGAAAGUUCUUAGAGUUCUGAGUAUUUCUAAGUUCAGACUGGCAACAAGUCUGACCAUCUUGUCUCAGAGGGACUAAUGAUGUUGAAUCAUCAAUUGUCAAUUUUAAUUAAUUUUUUUGUUGUUGUUUUGUAGUCCAUGUGCUCCUCUGUCUAGACUGGUUUACGCACUUGCAGUGUUGCAACAGCUCUUACAGCCUUUACCAGAAAUAUUGUGUUGUCUUCCUCCUUCAAUAUCACACUGGACAGUAGCAGAUGACUGUGUGGUCUGCUGCUGUCUGUGUCACUCACUCUCCCUUCAUAUCCUCUGCCUCUUGGUAAUGGCUCCCUGCUUGGCCAUCCUGGAAAUUAACCCCAGAGACGGCAGCGGAAAGAGAUUCAAGCUGGAGCUGAGGCAGUGGUUUCUGAUGUGUCUGCUGGUCUCUGUUCAACUCUUCAGAUGUUGAAACCCUAUUUUGAAGCCAUUCUUGCUGGAGUCACAGAGAUGCACUUAAAAAAACUCUGACAGUAUUUUUUUUAAAUAUAAUUUUUUAAUAUAUAUAUAUAUAUAAAUAUAAGCUAGUACACCCUGACAAUAUCACCAGCCUCUGUUAAAAGCUUUUACAGUCUGGGCUUAGAGCCACAGUGAUGCUUUCAUGUGAGCUGAAUAACAAGAUUAAGACAAACAUUAAAGGAAAAGUUCAACA